AUGUCGGAUAUUUCCAAGCCCCCAAUCGCGACUCAAGAUGAGAAAUAUCUGGGGCUCGAUAAGGGAGCCUUUCAUGAUAUUGACACUCAUGUAGCCGAGGUGGUUUACUACUCGACUGGAGAAGGUAUUCACAUCACCGUCGGAGAAACACCGAAGGAAGUGCGAGCUGUUGCCGUGGAAGUCGACGACGAGGAUGAGUCUUGUGAAACUAUUAGAGCGUAUGUUCUUGGUACGGCUGUUGCCGUUGUUGGUACCGGGCUGAAUGUGUGGUUCGGCGCUCGGCAGCCUGGAAUCUACAUCUCGCCUUUCCUCGCCCAAUUCUUCUCACAUCCUGUUGGCGCCGCUCUUGCAAAGCUCCUUCCCAAAAGAGUCUUCCACCUCCGAGGUAAGACAUGGUCCUUCAAUCCCGGACCUUGGACCGUGAAAGAGCACGCUAUCGUGACAAUGAUGGCCACUGUCUCGUUUCCGACUGCGACUGCCAUCGACAUUGUCAUUGCCGUACGACAGCCAGUCUUCUUCAACGACUCGGAUCUCGGUAACAGUCAAGGAUUCCGGUGGCUUGUGGUAUUGUCUACUCAAUUCCUGGGUCUAUCUCUUGCCGGCCUUUCGCGAGAGUACCUUGUAUAUCCAUCCAAUAUGACCUGGCCUUUGAAUCUUGCCAAGGUGAGCUCAUAUCCCAAAGAGGCCGAUCCACCCGUCAAUGGCUGGAAGAUAUCCAUGUUUCGCUUCUGCCUGACUGCUACUAUUGCGAGUUUUGUGUGGUUCUGGUUCACCUCUUUCAUCUUUCCGUCUUUGACGUACUUCAAUUGGCCGACGUGGAUUGCUCCCAAUAACAAGAAGCUUGCCAUAAUCAUGGGAAGCAUGACGGGCCUGGGGCUCAAUCCUAUACCUACAUUGUGCGUCAUCAAAUUACAUUCGCUCUUUAACCCAGCUGACACUCUGCACUGGUGGGCCACACUUCAGACCCUGAUCGGAUCUAUCAUUGGCCUCCUCGUUAUCAUCGGCACAUACUGGUCCAACACCUGGUUUUCCAGCUACCUCCUCCCCAACUCCAACCAAGCUUUCGACCGCUUUGGCGCCUACUACAACGUCACCGCUGUGCUUGCCCCAGACAAGACCCUUGAUGUAGAGGCGUACCAGGCGUACUCACCGAUCUACUUUGGGGCGGGAUACAAUCUGGUCUUGAUUGCCUACUUUGCGAGUUAUUCUGCUGUUUUGACGUAUGCUGUCCUGGAACAUGGCUCACAGCUCAAGCAUGGCAUCAUGACCGCUUUCAAGAAAGUCAUCUCUCUCGUCCAACGCGGCAGGGCCUCCGAAGAAUCUCACGACCGUCCUCAAUACGACAUUCACUACGCCAUCAUGCACAAAUACAAAGAAGUACCUCAAUUUUGGUACUUGCUCAUCCUCGUGUUCUCGGUGGUCACGGGCAUCGUUAUGGUGGAGGUUUACAAGACCACAAUGCCGGUUUGGGGCAUCUUCCUCUGUCUGUUGUUGGCUUUUGUGUUUCUGAUUCCGGGUGGAAUUAUCCAGGCUCUGAGUAACAUGCAGGUUUCGCUGGUCAUCCUGGCCGAGAUCAUCCCCGGCGUCGCACUUCCAGGACGACCUUAUGCCAACAUGCUCUUCAAGCUCUACGGCUGGGUCGCUCUGAUCAUGGCGCUUCUGUACGUCCAAGACCAGAAGCUCGCGCACUACCUCCACAUCCCACCUCGUUCAACAUUCCGCGCUCAAAUCUGGGGCGUGCUGGUCAGCAGUAUCGUCUCUAUUGGCGUGUUGUCUUGGCAGUUCAAUGCUAUCCCCGACCUGUGUGAACCUGGACAGAAAGACCUCAUGACAUGUCCAUACUAUACCACAUUCUACUCUUCCGCGCUCAUGUUUGGUGUAGUCGGUCCGGAGAGGAUGUAUGGUGCUCACGGCCUCUACAAAUGGACUCUGUUUGCCUUCUUGGCUGGUGCGGUUGCUACUGUGGCAGCGUUUGGUAUCAAGAAGGUGUGGCCAAAUCGAUACACCAAAGCUAUCAAUGUUCCUGUCAUCAUCUCUGGUAUGAUGUACUUUGCGCCGUACAACAUCUCAUACGUAUGGGCUGGUGUCCCUUUCGCCUGGUUCUUCAUGUCCCACGUCUAUCGCCGCUUCCCGGCUUGGUGGGCUAAGUACGUGUACGUCAUGUCUAUCGGUGCUACAAUCGGCUGUGCUGUAUCCGGCGUUGUCAUCUUCUUCUGCGUGACUUAUCCUGGGGCUGUGAUGCCCGCUUGGUGGGGCAAUACGGUCUAUGCGAAUGGGUGCGAUGCGCUUGGGUGUCCCCUGCUUGAUUUGCCGGAUGUGGGAUAUUUUGGUCCUGGUCCGGGUGAAUAUGUUUGA